UUUCUACUAGUGACGUACACCGACUGUUGGUGCUAAACAUUCGACUGUAUACACAACGGAUAACCGGUUCCGAUCGGCCCAUACUCGGCAUUCGCUACGGAUGCUGAUGUUUGGAGCCGGCGAACGAUCGACCUGGUCGCGAGCGCCAACCAGUUGACGGCAGGUUCAGUGUGUUUGUCGCUCGUCUUGAAUACAGUCGGAUCGCACGAGGUUUGUCGGUUACAUGUCCUAUGAUCGUUACAACGGAUCGACGCGAUCGUGUGUUUUGAGCGCCAAGCGUACAUUGUUCCGAUUUGGUUACUGUUUCGAAAAGUUUUACAAAUUAAAAAGUGUUGUGUUUAUUGAUAAAAAAAAUUAAACAGUGAAUGUUUGAGUAUGUGCUAUUGAAAUGAAAGUAUAAUUGUAUAAAUAUGAAUGUUUAAGGUGCGUUAAAAAUGUGAAGCUUUCUGAUUAUAAAAUACUAAAACAAAAGUAUGUGUUUUAAAGUAAAGAUGUGAAAAACUGUUUUCCAAUGCAAAUUGAUGCAGGUGUGUUAGUUUUGUGAUUUCGGAAGUAAUACAACAUUUGUUUUUUUCUAAUACACAACGAUGUGUGUGCGUUGGAAGUGUGUCGGGUUGUGAGUGAGUGAACACGUUGCAGUCAAAGUGGUGCAUCAACAUACUUCUUUCCCAAACAAUCUGUAGAGACGGCCAAAUAAAACGCUACGAAAUGUUUACCAGAUUCGAUGCAAACAAAUCCACCAAAGGCGCCUCGAAGCUGAGGCGCGAUCUAAUCAACUCCGAGAUUGCAAACCUGCGCGAUCUUCUUCCGCUGCCGCAAUCCACUCGCCAAAGGCUGUCGCAACUUCAGCUAAUGGCGCUGGUAUGUGUGUACGUGCGCAAAGCCAACUACUUUCAGCAGGUGUUCAAACGCAGCAUCGACAUUGGUCUGCAUUCGGCUCCAACACCAAAUAUAGGAUUUUCAAAGGCACUAUCUGGAUUCCUCAUGAUGCUCACACAGAACGGAAAGCUGCUGUACAUUUCGGAUAAUGCCGCCGAAUAUUUGGGCCACUCGAUGGAGGAUCUACUCAUACACGGUGAUUCCGUUUACGACAUUAUCGACAAGCAGGAUCAUGGUGCCAUCCAGAGUGAGCUGAGCCGGGGUGUUUCUCAACACACCGGUCACCAUCAUCAUCAUCAUCACCAUCAUCAGCAUCACCACCAACACCAUCAUCAUCAGCAACUUAGCAAUAAUCAUCACAAUCAUCACGGUCAUCAUCACCAUUUGCUGCAUCACGGACAUGGGAGUUCCCUUUCGCCUUCCGGUUCAUCCAUAGCGAGCUCAAGUGGUGGCGGUGGGUCUACGAGUUCGUCGGCGGGUUCGUCGCUUCUCGAUGGUGAGCAACGAAUCUUUCUAUGUCGCAUGAACGUGAGCAGAAAUGCGCGGCGCCAGAUGCGGUUUGGCGAUCAGAAGGUGGUACUGGUGCAGGGCCACUAUCUGUCCUAUCUGCCGCUGUGCAGCCGUAACGAGCCCGUCUUCAUAGCGACCUGCACACCAAUCGCCAUGCCGGAAACGCGCGAAUGCGUCGUCCAGGGUGCGACCAACGUCUUCACUACGAUCCAUUCGAUGGACAUGAAGGUGGUGCACAUUGACAAAAAUGGUGAAUUCCAUCUCGGGUAUAGUCGAAGUGAGCUACAAGGUGUGUCCUGGUAUCAACUUCUACACUGGGAGUCGACACGCGAAGCACAAAGCAAGCAUAGGCUAAUUACCCAAUCAGAACAAGACCGAUCGUGCAUUCUGCUGGUACGAAUGCAACGCCGUCAGAGCGACUUCCUGUGGGUGCACGUGGUGCUGCAAGUACGUGACGGUCAAGACUCGAACCAGCAAUCGGUGAUCGUGUGCACUAAUCAGGUGCUAAGCGACCGUGAAGCGUCCGUGAUGCUGUCCAAUUCAUGGCUCUACCAUUACUACACCGUGCAGUCGAAGAUGCAAUUCGGUAUACCGUUCGAGGGUGCAACAAGGAUACCACCGACGGCACCGUACUACACCUCGAAUGCGCCGGUCCAUCACAACAAUCACUCACCGGGUGGAGGCGGGCCAUCGGGUGGAACGCUGGCAGGAACAUCGGGCGGAACACUAACGGCCACCGGUGUACAAACGCACGGGUACACGCCAUCACACCAUUCACAUCAUCACAUCCCGGCGUACGGUUACCAUUCGCCAUCGGGGCAACAUCACAACGGUGGAUCGGUAACGCCAAUGCUACACGCCCAUCAUCACCAACAGACAGUGAACAAUGGUGGUUUGGCGUCCGGUAGCGAUGACUACGGGACACGUGCGUAUGGCUUUCGACUAGAUGCAACCGGACAACCGGUAGACUAUAGCGGAGGACAUCCAACUCCACCGACGUCAGCGCCUCCGGCAAUAGUAAAUCCGGCAGCUAUUCCUAUUCCGGUCGUACAGGUGACACCGCACAUUCGUUGCCACAAUGGUGGCGGAACGGGAAAUUCUUCUAGCAGUGAGAUGGGCGGAACAGGCAGUAAUGGAACGAGUACCGGUAAUGCGUCGAACAGUCACCAAACCAACAGUGCAACUAGUGACCGCCAUAAUGGAACGCCACCGGCUAAAAAACGAAACAUUAACCGGUUGGAACCUAUCUAUAUCCCCGAAAAUGGACAGUCGGAAUCUUCUGAAGUUGCCACGGUGGAGUUGCAGACUAAUUCGACAGUAUUACAUCAACCGGAUAACUCUGGAACCAAUGGAUUGAAUCACCUCAAUAGUGGUAUAGAGGGUGGUGGAUCUCUUGGGAAUGGUGGCGGCGGUAGCAUAGGUGGUGGAGGGGGAGGAGGAGGUGGAGGAGGAGUACAGACGAUGUUACUAGGAAAUCGUACCGCGAUCGGCAGGCUACACUCCAAAUCCGCGAUCCUUCCUACGACGGUUUCCAAUCUCUCCAGCGAACCUACCGACUUUAUGGAGCAAUGGAACCCAAGUCCACCGUGGUCGGAUACUACCGCACAGAAGGUACCGGACAUAACGCACCAAGAACUGUCCCCAUACAUGACGACAACACCACCAACCCCUACUAGUGCUCCCCAUCAGCAUCACACCGGUGGUUUCCCAACGGCGACCACAUUCUCCUUCGACUGGAUGCCGGAACAGUUUGUACCGAUCGCAACCGACUGCACGGGAACCACACUCGUUCCAUCCGGGAGUACUGCUGUAUCGCAAUCCGUUUCUGGCACAUCCUCUAUUUCCUGUCUUUCCACCAGCAGCAAUCACAGUACGGUAACGGGGAAUGUGGGAUGUGUGUUGCCUCCGAGUUGUCUCACUCAGGAUGGGCUACCGAUUCCUGGACUAUCUCUACCCAUGCCUGUGCCUCUUCAAAUACCUCCACCUCCUUGGCCUUCAGACCACCGGUUACUGGCACUGGAAGGUGCUGCGGGAACAGCUUCAACAGCAUCUACGACCUCGGGUGAUGGCGGAGCCGAACGAAAGUCUCUAGACGACCAUCAAGAUCAGCGACGAUCUCACUGACCAACUAUCUCAGCUAGCUGUUACUAAUGCCCACUGGAACGUAGUCAGUCUAGAGUGGGGGAAUUACUGUUGAUAGGCGCUUAAAUUAUUUAUUUUAGAAUGGUCAUUUUUAGGUUCGUUCCGUUGAACGCUUACUGUACAUCUUCCGCAUCAGUAUUGUUGUUAGCAAAAGGUGUAACGCAUCACCACAUGCAUAAUUUAAUGGCACAUAGCGAUAACUUAUUUUAGAAGCUCCCCACAAUUUGCUCGUUUAUCCAGAAGAAUCUCUUCCUGUUCGUGGAUGUUUUAAAUGGCAAGUGGUUAAUAUUUAUUUAAAAAAUACGAAACAGGAGCCUUUCGCUAAUAAAGCAACAGGAAUAGGAAAAAGCGUAAUUGUUGAUUAUGUAAAUAAAAGUAUUAAAGAUGCAUUUAAUGAUGCUAUAAUCGCGAUUCCUUCGUAACAUGGUAUAGGUUACAGCGAACAUUAGCAGUAUACCACCGAACGGUUGGAUUGGUUACGAAAAUGUUGUAUUAUAAUGGUAUACAAGUAAUGUAAAUCUAGUGUAGGAUAUAGCUUUUGUUAUAUUUAUGCAAACAUUGUGAAAGAAAUGAGAAAUAUGAUAAACCUAUGGUAAAUCGUACAUUUCGAUAAAAAAAAUUUGUUCGUUUUAUUUUGUUUUAUUUUGACUUGAGUUGAGUUAUGUGAUCCUGUAGUUGUUGCAACGAACUUUUAGUAUUUUUCACAAAUUUGAAUUUGCAAUGAGUAUCACUGUGUAAAAUUAUUUCCAAUCCUUCAGUUACUUAAUUUUGUUUCAACUAUCGACUUUU